UAAUUUUAGUCUGUUUGUAAAAUCGAAUUGUAUUUCAAAAUAAGUGAUAUGUGUUAACAGAUAACAUGUGAUGUUUUUUUUGUUACUUCGUUAAAUAUGAAUUUUAAUUCAUCUUUAUUCUGUUUUUUUAAAUACGACAUUUUUUAUCCCAUCUAAUCAGUGUAAUUUAAAACAAAAUAUCCUUUACAAUCGGAAAUGCAAUAUUACCGAUUAUAUUCCAUGGAAUUCUGAUGUAACAAAAAACCAAGAAGUGAUGUAGUCAAAGUUUACGUUGCUAAAUUUGUCUUAAAAAAACCCGUUUUAAACUAUAAAACGUGCAAGCUUUUUUUCCAAAACAAAUCGAACACGAAAACAUGAGCAGGAUAGAUGAAAUGCGACCCGUUUUGGAAUCACAUAACAGUGUGAACGACGCCUGGUCAUGCCACAAUGUAAGCACAAAAGAACACCUUGUGGUAAAUGAUGGAUGGAAUCAUACAUUUCAUGGAAGAUACAACUCAAGACGUUCACUCCUUAGACGGAUUUUAAAACUGACAGGCUACAUCACACUGAACGUCGUAAUGACUAUAUUUGUGAUAUAUGGUUUAAACCGGAUCGGUUUCUUCGGAAUGAUGCCAGAUUUCUGUAAAAGCUCUGUCAACGAAACAAAUCAAACGGGAAACCUGCCGAUGUUUCAGGCUCUUACAGAAUCAUUUCAUGGCGGUGAUACAGCGAGAGUGGGUCGAUUUGUGCUUAACGCAACUGCAGUUUACGACGAGAAGAUCCGAUGGCUUGCCUCAUCUGUCUCGAGUUCCGCGGGCUUCCAUGCCAGCCAGAACGACUCGUGCGUUUCCGUACCUGACAACGGCCUCUACCACGUGAUCUCCCAGCUCACAUUCGCCUUCAAGAACGACACCUUGAGGACUGUCGGACACUCCGUCAUAUUUAAGCAGCGUAGCACGAUGGCCGAGUUCAUGAUCCAGAAAAAGCUCAUUUCCCUGCCUUACAGGGAUCCGACAAUGAACGUUAAGCAGAGGAUGUUCAUACCCAGUAAUUUGCUGGUGUUUGUGGAGGUUUAUGCUGGUGACUGGGUGUGUGCUCAGACGAGUGCUGUAGAUUUAGUGUACGCUUCAAACAUUGACAAUGUCCUCAAUAUUUACAAACUCUAACUUAAUUCCGAAUACUCUACGCCACCAGUCUAGCCGCAAACUGUUUUAGAAACCGAAUAUUGAAUUAACCGUAUUCUUGCGAUACUAAUUUUAUACAUAUAUCAAUAUAUAUAUGGUGACAAUCUCAGGUAUAUAUACACAAACACAUUAAUAUGUUGCUUUUGUUUUUUAAAUUUUAUUUUUAUACA